AUGAAUCACACAGACACUUCCAAAGAAGAAAUUCCAUCGGAACAAUGUCAAACUCCUCCAGAACCCAUUCCCGAUCAUCUUUUUGAAGAUAUUUGUCAACACUAUGAAGAAUUGAUGGAUCAUCCUUACAAAUACUUGUUCAGUGCUUCUCAAUGGUUGCGUUGGUAUCAUCAUUAUCAACAACAAUCCGACACGUUCGCACUGAAAUUGAUGAGACGAGUCGUUCAAAGUGGCACUCUUCAUGCAUUCCGAACCUUACAAUUUGUACCUCAAGACUUUCAUCAUGAUGUCAACACUCGUUCUUGUAAUGAUAACAAUAUUGAUAUUAAUUAUAAUAUUAAUAACUAUAUUUAUAAUAAUCUUGGACAAGAAGGAUCAUCUAAAGACGCGAAUAAUGUUGACAACAUGAAAGUGAAUAUUAACAAGGAAGAAUUAAUUCAAAGUGCAUGUCAUGUACAGUAUUAUUCAGAUCAAUUGGCUGCCAAAUGCAUUUCAGAGAGUUUGAAAGUGAGACCAAUCUUUGGAAAGACAAAAAUUUCCAUUUUUGAAGGAGAUUGUUUAGAAGUGGCCAUUCAUUUGUUGAAGACUUUGAAAAGUUCUAGUGUCACUACUUCUUCUGCCACUUCUAAUGUCACUCCUUUAAGUGUUGUGGAUACUUCCUCUUUCUCCUCGUCACAACAAUCACUCGAUGAAAAAAACAAGUCAUUCAUCCAUAAGAAGAACAAGAAGAAUUCAUUUCGAAAGGAGACUGUCUCCACCAAUUCCAAAACGAUUGACUCGACUUGUCAAGAACCACCUCUCGAUUUUGAAAAUGAUUCAUGUCCUUCCGAUAUGGUGGUUGUUGUUGAACAAUUCAAAGUGGCUCUCUUGAACAUGGCCUCCGCAAAAAGACCAGGUGGAGGAUAUCGAGAAGGAGCAGGUUCACAAGAGGAAAAUCUCUUUCGAAGGACCUCUCUUGCCUUUUCCUUGGAAGACAUUGAAUCUUACGAUUCGCAACGUCAAUGGUAUUAUCCUAUUGAAAAGCAUGGAGGUGUCUAUGUUCCAUCGGUUCAAGUCAUUCGAGGAAGUGAAUCGAAAGGUUAUCCCUUUCUGAAUGAAAUUUACACCUUGGAUGUGGUGUGUGUUGCAGCAUUGAGAACACCAAAAUUGGAUCACACAGGUACUCGAAUUGAUGCGUCACUUGUGGAUACAGUGCGUCGAAAAAUUCGACUCAUCUUUGCAAUGGCUCUCCAACAUGGAGUGACACAUUUGGUGUUGAGUGCGUUCGGAUGUGGUGCCUAUCGAAACCCACCUCAACAUGUCGCUCAAUUAUUUAAGCAAGUAUUAAUGCAAGAGUUUGAUGGAAAGUUUGCUCAGGUAAUUUUUGCAAUUUAUAAUGAUGCAAAUGCGUGGAGGAGAGGAGAUGGAGGAAAUGUGGAACCUUUUGAAAAGGAAUUUGGAAUUAAGGCAAGUGUGUUUGAAAAGUAA